AUGGUCUGCCAUAGGCGGCGUUACGCGAACGAGCUUUGCGCGUUGAUUUUACCCGACUUGCACUGUGCGUGCGUGCGCGUGCUGACAGCGUUGCGGGCGCGCGCUCAACAUGGACUAUUCGACGAGUUAUUUAGAGAACAUACGCAAUACUUUAAUACGGACGCGACGGGCGUCACUGUGCGAUUGACGUCCGGUGGGGGCGGGGCGUGUGUGCCUACGAGAGAAGUCUACGACGACCUCUACGACGACGUUUACGAAUACGUCUACACUGACAUCUAUGACGACGUGUACGACGAUGUCUACGACGUCGUCUACACUGUCGUCAACGAAGACAUUUAUGACGACUUCUACGAUGAUGUCUACGAUGGCGUCUACUUUGAUGUCACAAACACAUUCACUACGCCGUUUUCAAUAUCUGUACGCAUAUUUACAGUUUCCAUUUACAGCCGCAGCGCCCCGCUACCA